UUUGUAAAAACAUGAAAAGAUCCCUUGAAUGCCCAUUGUUUAUUUACUGUUAUGCUGUAAUCUAGGCCUGAGAUUUUUUAGUACAAAAGACCGUGAGAACCGCGUCAUGUGGUUUUCUUGUUCAUCUAACACUUUUGUCAGUGUGAAAUUAAGCUGCGCAUGCAAUAUAAGGCGACAUCAUCGCCUCGAUUUUUGCCGUCGAUCCUAGAGGUAAAACAAGUGGACAAAAUGAAGUUGUUGGUACUCUUCGCAAUUUUUUUUCUCCUUGGAGAACUUGAUGCCAAAUAUAAGCCAAAACAUUUGACUGAUCGCUUAAAGAAAAAACUAAAGAAAAUGAAGAGUGCUGGCGGGAAAAUCGCGGCAAUAAAUGAAGAUGUUGGAAUGGCAAGCAGGCUUUACGAAGGAGACAUAAGAGUUGAGCCAGAAGAGCUCGAAAAACUCAAGAACAAAAUCAAAAAAAUCAAAAAAAUCAAAAUCAAAAAAUUGAAAAGCAUCAUAUUCAAGAGAAAUGCCAUGAGGAAUCGUGUGUUUGUCUGGAGAACUAAGAGGAUUCCUUACGUCUUUGAUGCAGAUAUUGUGAGUGCUGGGACCUCGAAUAUUUUGAGCGCGAUGAAUAUCUUUGCUACGAAAACUUGCAUCAAAUGGGAGCCAAAAACUGCUAGUGAUGUUAAAUUCGUGAAGUUUGUGAAAAAGGACGGGUGUUGGUCAUAUGUUGGUAAGGUUGGUGAUAGUGGCGGACAAGAAUUGUCAGUUGGUGAUGGAUGUAAUUAUGUCCCCACCAUCUUGCACGAAAUGAUGCACGCGGCUGGAGUGAACCACGAGCAAUCUCGACCCGACAGAGAUGAAUAUGUUGUAAUUAAUUCUGCUAACAUCAUGGAUGGCCAAGAACACAAUUUUCAGAAGGUCUCUCCUCUUUCGUCUGACACCUUUAACUUGAAUUACGAUUACGGUAGCCUGAUGCAUUAUGGUAAAACGGACUUCUCCAAGAACGGCCAGCCAACCAUUCAAGCUAAAGGAGAUUCAAAUAAGGCACUUGGACAGGACAAUGGCAUGACAGAGCUCGAUAUCCAAAAGUUGAACAAACUUUACGAUUGUGACAGUCCAUCAUCCAACGCCUGGUCUACGUGGUCUUCUUAUGGCCCUUGCUAUCUCGACUCUUACAGCAAUAAAUGUGUCAAAAUGCGCCAACGUUUCUGUACUAAAGAAGCGGUCAGCCAAUGUCCAGGGGCAAGCUCAAAUGGUGUCCAGAACCAGUUCGACGAAACCUGUACAACGUGCAAUGGUUUAGUCAAUGGCAAUUGGGGAUCCUGGAGUGCUUGGAGUACUUGCAGCGCCACAUGUGGCGGAGGCACGCAGCAAAGAACAAGAAGCUGUGACAACCCUGCACCAAAGAACGGUGGUGCCAAAUGUGCUGGUACCAGUAGUGAAAGCCAGGCGUGUAACGCUCAGACGUGCAUAUCAUCUCAGGUUAUUCAUUCGUGCAAUUUUGAUGGCACGACCUAUCCUUACUCAUGUGGAUGGCAAAACGGUGCUUCCAACAGUGUUUCCCCCACUGAAAGUUACUAUGACUGGAUUGAAACAAACGAGGCAGCAUCGAGUACAGCAACAGGACCAUCUGGUGAUCAUACCUCAGGCUCAGGAUAUUUCAUCAUUCAAACUGCCUAUGACUUGGCACCUGGAUCGACUGGAACUUACGAGAAGAGUGGUUUCCAGGCAACCAGUGCUGCAUGUCUUGACUUCUGGUAUCACAUGAAGGGUGCGAACAUGGGCUCCCUUAACGUCUAUGUGAAGACCUCAAGUGGUAGCACUAAAGUGUGGGGUGUGAGUGGGGACAAAGGUUCCAGCUGGUUAAACGGAAAAGUCACCAUCUCGAGCCCUGUCACUUACACCAUUAUCUUUCAAGCUGUUCGUGGUAGUGGUACUGCCAGUGAUAUCGCCUUGGAUGACAUCAAGCUGUCUAGUUUGGCCUGCUGAUUCAUUUCUGUCAUUUUCAUCUAGUUUACUUACAUUAUUGCUAAUGUAUCCAUUCUAAACAUGUUGGAGGAUAAUGAGAAGACUUGUCACGCAACAGAUCUCAGGUUGGUUCCAAUAUGGCGGGAAAUAUUUAGGGGGAUGUUAUGUAAUAUAUACAAGCAAAUAGAAAAUAGGAUGGGGAAAACGGCUGUACUCAUUUGUAAGGAAAAUAUGUAAUUUCGUCUAAUUCUUUGCAUCAUUGAUUCUACAUUUUAACGGGCAAUUAAAAGAUUUACAAAACA